CAGACUCUACACAGAAGCCAUUCAUGGCGGCAACCUAUUUAAGAGAAAUGCAGAGCAUUCCAAAGCUCAGACAUUAAAGCCAAAAUCGAAAUCCUCAGAGAGCUUCAACUUCACCAUUACUCUUACAAGCUCGAGCCCCGAAUUCUGUCGGAAUCACUACAAAAAUCAUCCACCACUUCUCAAAACCAUGUCUGCACCAGAGAUACCUAAUGCAGAUACAAAUCCAGGCCUGACGCCAUUGCCGUUGCUUCCCAAAACAUUGUCCGAUUCCCCAUUGCCGCCGUGGGAGACUAACUUUCCGGCCGCCGUGCACCCCCUCCCUCGCCCCCCGGGGGCCAAUUUCACUAAUCCCGACCCACCGGCUCCAAUUUCUCCGGCGCGGAGCGAAGUCGACGCUGCGCCGAUCAGAUUGCAAUGGCGGAAAGGAAAGCUUAUAGGAAGGGGAACAUUUGGAAAUGUCUAUGUUGCUACCAACCAUUUAACGGGAGCCUUGUGUGCAAUGAAAGUAGUCGAAAUUUCACCGGAUGAUUCGAAAUCUGCCGAGUGCUUAAGACAGUUGGAGCAGGAAAUUAAGGUUCUAAGGCAGCUUAAACAUCCGAACAUCGUAGAAUACUACGGUAGCGAAAUUAUUGGCAACAAGUUCUACAUAUACUUGGAAUACGUCCAUCCCGGCUUGAUCAAUAAAUUCAUUCGCGAUCACCGCGGCGCCAUGACAGAAUCCGUUGUUCGAAGCUUUACUCGCCAUAUUCUCUGCGGAUUGGCUUACUUACAUAGCAAAAAAACCAUUCACAGGGACAUAAAAGGCGCGAAUUUACUUGUCGACGCGAAUGGAGUCGUCAAACUCGCUGAUUUCGGGAUGGCGAAACAUCUGACAGCGCAAACGGGGAAUCUGUCGUUAAAGGGGAGUCCAUAUUGGAUGGCUCCGGAGCUCCUGCAGUCUUCGAAGAAGCUCGAUCCGAACUCUGACGCUGCAUUAGCCAUUGAUAUUUGGAGUUUGGGCUGUACGAUAAUCGAAAUGCUUCGCGGAAAGCCUCCAUGGAGUGAGUAUGAAGGGCCUGCAGCAUUGUUCAAAGCCUUAAAAGAGACUCCAAAAAUACCUCAAGAACUAUCAGAAGAUGGCAAGGAUUUCUUGCUGCCGGCCGAGAGGCCGUCCGCGAGUAAAUUACUCGACCAUCCAUUCGUAAGCCAAUCGCACCAGCCCGACUACGGCGGCGCACAGCCACUUAACUAUUCUCUCCUUAUUUUGACGAUCAAUAUACAACAGGACAAUGUAUGGCUGCGAAAGGAUCUAUGGAGACGUAGAUCGAACCGAUCUCCCGAGGAGACGGCUCUCGACUCGCAGAUGAGGCAAGAGAAGCUAGGCUAUAAUACCGAAAUUCCGGGAACUGUCGCUCCGUCGGCUCCGAUAUCCGAUCGGAACCCUAGUUCUUUGAUCGAGCGUGCACAGAAAUUAAAGAUCGUAGCCAUCGGCAAUGAGUGCGCUUCAUGGCGGCUGGACUUUUGGAGCAAUCCUGUUUCACUAUAUGACCCUGGAAGAUUUUGCAAUGCUAGCAAGAAAUAA